AUGUUUUCAUUUGCCUCUUGUUUCAGAGAUGGAGACUCACCAUCGCCUCUACCGCAGGAUUCGCUUCGAUCCGGCAGCACCCUUGAACAUAUCGUUCAAUUUCUGACCCCCUCAACCGACUCCCUCCAGCAAAACCCGUCCUUCUUUCGCUCUGGACGAACACGCCGUCGUCCGGUGUGUGUCACCCGUAUACGCGCAAAGCUGGCUUCCGAUCAGUUGCCCAAGGCAACUCGUCGAGAUCUCCGAGUAUUCAGAAAACUGGCGGGCCCACGGGAGAACGCGAAGAGAUUCCUCCGCCUGGGGACCUCUUCGAACCCUUCUGCAACAAGUAUCCCGAUUGCCAGGACGACCCGCCGCCGCCCGGUUUCGGAGAUCAUCCUUCCUCCGAGAGAUGAGCCAAUGAUACCCUCUACGGAAUCUGCGGCCGGUAGGCUACGGUCCAAUUCUACGUCGACUGCAUCUGGAGUCGCGGCGCAGAGCGCGACACUGCUCGAACGUUCAGGUAGCUCUGCAUCUGAUGUUGGCGCUUCCUUCCCCGUCCUGCGGAGAGAGAAGAUCGUCGCAACAGGCAAUGGGAUCUCCGUGGGGGUCGCUUUAGCGGAACCUGUUCUCUUCUUGCCAGGAUAUGACCAUAACGACCCGAGCACGAAGAAAUCGGCUAUUCUGAGGGGACAUCUUCACAUCAAAACCACCAAGUCUGUGAAGGUGAAGAAGAUCUCUGUCUGUUUCCGGGGUCAUGCCCAGACGGACUGGCCAGAUGGGAUUCCGCCGAAAAAGGUGCAUUUCCAUGAUAAGAAGGAUUUGGUGACUCAUGGUCUUGUAUAUUUCAACCAUGGAGAUACCGCGAUUAUGCAUAAUGACUAUGGAGCUCACUAUUACAAACUGGCCAAAGUCGCCCCCUCCGUCACGUCAAAAGAGGUCACCACUACGACUCGAGAACUCUUUCUCAAAAGCGUGUCAUCGACGUCAGUCAACAGCCAUACCACUCCCAAGGAAGCCAAGCGUUUAUCGCUGCAGUCGAACCAAUCUCGCAGUUUUGGAAAGAAUGAUCAUCCACAUAGUGUAGCAGCUCAGCCCCAACGCAACUACAGGCUUUUCCCGCCUGGUGAUUAUAUCUACAACUUUGAGUUCCCGAUUGAUGGCUCUCUUCCGGAGACCAUCAAGAGUGAACUGGGAUUUGUCCGAUAUGACUUGGAAGCCAUUGUCGAACGAUCAGGUGCAUUCCGGCCCAAUCUUCUGGGCACCAUUGAGAUUCCCGUCAUCCGCACCCCCGCGGAAGGAUCCCUCGAACAGGUCGAGCCCAUUGCUAUCUCCCGGAAUUGGGAAGAUCAGCUCCACUAUGAUAUCGUGAUUUCGGGCAAAUCUUUCCCUCUCGGAUCACAAGUGCCCAUCGCAUUCAAGUUGACACCAUUGGCUAAGGUCGAAUGCCACCGGAUUAAGGUCUACGUCACUGAGAAUAUUCAACAUUGGACUUCAGACAAGAGUGUGCAUCGCUUCCAGCCCGCCAAGAAAGUGCUUCUGUUUGAGAAGAGAGCGGAUUCCGCCAGUGUUAGCACGUACCCGGGCAGUAAUAUGCGUGUCACUGCUGGUGGUGGCAUCGACUGGGACCAUCGGGAAGCCGCUGCGCGUGGUGAAGAAUUCAUUGAUCGGAAUCGCACGAGCCUGUUGGGGGAUCUAGCAAACGAUACAGGUGUUGGACCAACGGAGAUGGAGUUUAACGUGCAGCUCCCCAGCUGUCACCAAAUGAAGAGUCGGGAUGAAUCUCAGCGGUUGCAUUUCGACACCACGUACGAGAAUAUCCAGAUCAAUCACUGGAUCAAGAUCGUGAUGCGCCUCUCCAAAGUCGAUGAGAAGGAUCCCACCAAACGGCGGCAUUUCGAGAUCUCCAUAGACUCCCCUUUCCACAUCCUCUCCUGUAAAGCCACGCAGGCCAACAUAUACCUUCCCGCGUAUUCAUCGCCUUCUUCAGAUCCAUCCAUUCCGAUUGAAGAAUUUGAAUGUGGAUGUCCUGGAGCCCCCCUCAUCAAGAAGGGCAACUCAUCUGUUGCACUGUCAGGUUUUGAUCGCAAUGAUAGUGGUUCGGGUUCCGACUCCGUCAAUGGACGAGGGAACGGCCUCCCGCGAAGCUUCACCUCCAGCUCGGGCGGCCUGGCUCGUCCUCAGCAAGCACACCUGGCCCAUGAACCCAGCGAGCGCGAUGCGCGCCCCAUGCAUCUCCUGCGAGCGCCAUCGUUUGCGCCUCCAGCCUUCGAGGAUCUGCCUCCGCCGCCGCCUCUUGUGACACCACCUCCGGAAUAUACCUCGAUCGUUGGGGACAAUGACCGCGAAGCCGUCCUCGAAGAUUAUUUCCACCGGCUGUCCUUUUACGAGGAGCAUGAAGAUGACGACCGCGGAAGAGGGAGAGUCGAUGUGCCACUUACCCCAGGAGGACGCGUGAACCGCAGCAUGGACGUUCCGCGCGAGUGGAUUCGGCUGGGCGACACGAUUGUGCAGUGAGCAGAGCACGAUAUAAUACGAACGUUACGGCUAUAUGUUUUUUGGAUUUACGAGAUUAUGAUAUACUUUAAUAUCGGGUUUCUGAGAAGACCAUUAUAGACUGGCGCCAGUGGUUUUAUUCUCGGGUUGAUCAUGGGCUCCGAAAAUUGGUUCCAGGCGUGUUAAGGCUCAUGUCGGGUAUUGUGCUGUGCUUUUGCAUGUCCAAAAGGGACCAGUUUCGGUCCCUAUCAGGGUCUUGGGUGGCGUUGGCGCCGGAGAAACAAGCGGAGAUGAAAGGAAAAGGAAAAGAGGAAACAAGGCUGCAUGAUUCCCCAUUUGUUGUGGCUCUGUAGAGCGCACUUCCCAUGUUGCAUGAUGUAUGUACAUACAUAGAGCAUGUCCAUUAUGGUACAUCCGCACUAGAUAGAUACCUGUCUAGGUAGAUAGACCGCCUAUUCUAUUUAUUCAUUUUCUAUUGUCAGUGCAGCAUCGAUCCUCUCUGUC